AUGACAGGCCAGGCGUUCGAGGUGGGGUCAGCCCCGCAGAUGCAGGAAAACAAAACCCUAGCUGGCUAUGCUAGAGGCAAGGAUUCUUAUAGAGACGUAGCAUCCGCAGCAGCAGCAGCAGCAGAGACAGCAGCAACAGCAGCAACAACAGCGGCAACAUUGCGAGCCAUAACAACAUCAGCAGCAGCAGCAGCAGCACAAGCAGCAGCAGCAGCAGCAGCAGCAGCACAAUCAUCAUCAUCAGCACCACCACAAUCAUCAUUCGCAGCAGCAACAACAACAGCAGCAGGAGCAGCAGCAGCACCAACAACAGCACAAUCAGAACCAGCACCAGCAGCAGCACUAGCAGCAGCACCAGCAGCAGCACUAGCAGCAGCACCAGCAGCAGCACUAGCAGGAGCAGCAGCAGCAGCAGCAGCACUAGCAGCAGCAGCAGCAGCAGCAGCAGCAGCUUUGUGUGUGCAGAACGCCCAGGAGGUUUUCGAGUUUAACUUGAUGGGGGUUUUGCUGCAGCUGGAACAGAACCAACGUCUCACUAUUCCGGCGGAUGCAGCUGCGCGCGAUCGGUGUCUACCCCUACCCAACUCUUUUAGAGAUGGCAGCAUGGGGUCAGGCGCAGCAGCAGCAGCAGCAGCAAGAGGAAAAUCAGCAGCAGCAGCAGCAGCAGCAGCAGCAAAAGGAGCAGCAGCAGCAGCAGCAGGAGGAGGACUCGAAGGAGAAUGCAAGCAGCAACACCAGCAGCAGCAGCAGCAGCAGCAGCAGCAGCAGCAACAGCAGCAGCAGCAGCAAAGAUACUAA